UAUUCGGUAUUCGAUGUCAAUAUAUAGAUAUGUAAACUGAAAGUUGCUUUACAAUUGCUUUCUCUCUUGUUGCUUCCUUUUGAAAGCAAACAUGAAAAAAAAAAUGGUCCGUCAAUCUUUUAUCUGGAUUUUGGUGCUCUUUUCACUAUGUGCUGCUGCUAUGUGUAAAGUUUGCACCAACCAUAACACAGAGAUUGCAGGGAAUUUGAGACACGCAGCUGCUGCCCCUUAUCAUGGUCGGUCCGCCAAUGUUUCCAACUUAGACGAGUUCAACUGGGAUAAGGUGAAGCAAAAACUAGAAAGGUUUCAAGUGCCCGGUGAUUUUCUCAAAGAAAUACCAUUGCAGGCUGUGAGAUUAGAUCCCAAAGGGAUUCACGGACGGGCACAGCUUACGACUUUAGAGUAUUUAUUGAUGUUGGAUGUGGACCGCUUGGUUUGGAGUUUUAGGAACACUUCUGGCCUUCACACACCGGGGACACCAUAUGGUGGCUGGGAGGAACCAACCGGUGACCUCCGUGGACAUUUUGUAGGGCAUUAUUUGAGCGCAACAGCAUUGAUGUGGGCAAGUACAAAGAACGAGAGUCUCUACAAGAAAAUGUCUGCAGUUCUCUCAGCAUUGUCCGAGUGUCAGAAGAAAUUAGGCACUGGAUAUCUGUCUGCAUUUCCCUCGAAGCAAUUUGAUGAUGUUGAAGCUCUUAAACCAUGUUGGGCUCCAUAUUAUACCAUUCAUAAGAUAAUGGCAGGUCUUUUGGAUCAGCAUACGAUUGUCGGAAAUCCUGAAGCAUUGAAAAUGCUAAUACGGAUGGUUGAUUACUUCCACAAACGUGUCGUGAAUGUGAUAUCCAAGUACAGUGUAGAAAGACAUUAUCUAAUACUCAAUGAAGAGCACGGCGGCAUGAAUGAACUUCUUUAUAGAUUAUACAGCAUUACGCGAGAACCAAAGCAUUUUCUACUGGGUCGCCUUUUCGACAAACCAUGCUUUCUAGGAGGCCUAGCCUUACAGGAGGACGAGAUAUCCGGUUACCACGGAAAUACACAUAUCCCUAUUGUCAUUGGAUCUCAAGUGCGAUAUGAAAUUACUGGCGAACCACUCUAUCAGGCAAUAGGUAGCCAUUUCAUGGACAUUGUAAAUUCUUCUCACUGCUAUGCCACAGGAGGGACAACCGUCAGAGAAUUUUGGACUGAUCCUAAGCGGUUGGCAACAACCCUAGAGACACAAAAUGAAGAAACAUGUACAACCUAUAACAUGCUAAAGGUAUCUCGGCAACUGUUUCGAUCGAGCAAGCAGAUUGAAUAUGCAGAAUACUAUGAACGUGCAUUAACAAACGGUAUUCUAAGUAUUCAGAGAGGAGAACCAGGGCUUUAUAUCUAUUUUUUCCCGCAAGGUCGUGGUGUCUCCAAGGCCAUAAGCAAAUGGGGAUGGGGAACACCCUUUAAUGCUUUUUGGUGCUGCUAUGGAACAGCCGUUGAAACUUUCGCAAAGUUGGGAGAUUCCAUAUACUUCGAAGAAGGAGGAUCUACUCCCACGCUUUACGUCAUUCAGUUUAUAUCAAGCUUUCUUCAAUGGAAAUCUGGAAACACAGAGAUUCACCAGAUAGUCCAUCCUGUUUCUUCGUGGGAUCCACAUUUAAGAGUGGAAAUAACUUUCCCUAAACAGGGGACUGCAAAUGAAGUCGUCUUGUAUGUACGCGUGCCUUUUUGGUCACCUUCAGUUGGUGCUAAAGCAGCAAUAAAUUAUCAACAUUUGCCUCUUACAACUCCAGGUAGUUUUCUUUCAGUCACUAGGAAAUGGAAUUCUGGUGAUAAGUUGAGUCUUCAGCUACCAAUUACUCUAAGAUUGGAGCACAUUCAAGAUGACAGACCGGAGUAUGCCUCUGUUCAAGCAAUACUAUUUGGCCCAUAUCUUCUUGCUGGUCUCAGCAAUGGUGAUUGGGAUAUCAAAAUUGCGAAAGUAAUUUCUCUUUCAGACUGGAUAACUCCAGUUCCUCCAACUUACAAUUCCCAUCUAGUUUCGUUCUCCCAAUCCAUUGGAGGCAACACUUUUGCCUUAUCAAAGAAUGAUCAAUCGAUGAUAAUGCAGACUUAUCCUCAACCUGGCACCAACACAUCAGUGAAUGCCACAUUCAGGCUCGUCAUAAAUGACCCAAACUUCAAAGGAUUUUCCUCAAUAAAAGAUGUUAUAGGAAAAGCAGUUGUACUAGAACCAUUUGAUCUUCCAGGAAUGGCAAUGGGACACCAAGGAGCAGAUAAGAAGCUUGUGGUUAUAAACGCUGCCACUGCCAAUGGGCGUUCCACUUUCCAUUUGGUGUCAGGCUUGGAUGGAAACAACAAUACAGUUUCUUUGGAAGCAGAUAGUAAAAUGGGUUGCUUUGUGAACAGUGGUUUAACUGCUUCCGCCAACUGUACUUCAUGUCCAAAUGUGAAGCUUACCUGCAACCCCUCAUUGCUGGAAUCUAAACAGGCAGCCAGCUUUUUGUUAUCGAAGGGCGUUAGUGAAUAUCAUCCCAUCAGCUUCGUGGCCAAAGGAGCGACAAGAAGUUUUCUUCUACAACCUAUACUUAGCUUAAGGGAUGAGCAUUAUACUGUUUAUUUUAGUAUUUCACCUUAGUUAUAUUGUCAAACUUAUUUUUAU